AUGACUAUAGCUACGGUCACGACGACUACGGUCACGACGACUACGGAGCACAAGGACUAUGACCACGGCAAACAUGACUACAAGGGCUACGGCGUCGGCUACGGCUACGACAAGCAUGACCAUAAGGGAUAUGGCUACGACAAGCAAGACCACAAGGGAUAUGGCUACGACGAUGGCUACUACGGCUACGGCGAGGCAUAUGGAAACGACUACUACGGCUAUGGAAAAGGUUAUGGUAAGGGCUACGGCGACGACUACUCCAUCUAUGGCAAGGGCUAUGGCAAAGGCUGUGGUGACGACUACUACAGCUAUGGCAACGGAUACGGCUAUGGCAAGGGAUACGGCUUUGGCAAGGGAUAUGAAGACGACUACUACAGCCAUGGCAAAGGCUAUGGCAAAGGUUGUGGUGACGACUACUACAGCUAUGGCAACGGAUACGACAUGGGAUACAGUGGCUAUGGCGGCUACCCGGACUACUACUCGUCGUACGGUGGCUAUGGCGGCUACCCGGACUUUUACUCGUCUUUUGGCUAUGGCUACGGCCAACCUGGCUACGGGUCCCCGGACUACUUCGGCUAUGAGUCUGCGACUGGCGCUAGCGUCGAUGGUAACACCAUGAAGAAGGAAUCCUCGACUGCCGCUGCGACGGAAGGUGCCGAAAACAAGUCGAACGAGAAGGACAGCAAGACGUCGUCGGUGUCAUCUCAGAAGGCGAAGGCGAAAGAAGCCAAGUCAGAUGACGCGGACAAGUCUACGAAGAACAAGUAA